UCCCACCGCUUCAUUACCGAGGUGCGGGUAUUCUGCGAGUUUCCCUUACUCCGCAUCUCGAAGGAAGUUGUGCGGCUGGGUCCGAACUGAUUUUACUUCUUGUGGGAUUUAAGAGAUGGCCCCAUUCCUAGCAAGAGCCCAUUCAGAUAGCGUGAGCGCCAGGACACGAUCACUAGCUCUGAAGGAAGCCAGCCGCCAUGUCAAGAGGACACUCAAGCAGUCCCAUGGAGAGACCCAUGAGGGCCAAGUGAGGAAAGCACCACUGGGGGGACAGAAGGAGAAAAGAGAACAGGAGAUGGAGAAAACAAAUGGGAGAGAGGGCAUUGCUCUGUCCACAGUGGAGACUGGCAUAGAGAACCCAGGGCUGGAGCUCACGGAAGAAGGAAUAAAUCCUGAGAGAAGCAGGAAGACUGAAGAGCAAGGACACAGCCUUGGGGAUGGAUUGGAACCUCCCACUCAACAGAGGUACAGGAGGAACCUACAGCCUUUCACCAGGGCAAGAAGUUUCUGUAAGACACAUGCUGGCUUGUUCAAGAAGAUCCUGCUGAGCCUGUUGUGUUUGGCUUAUGCUGCCUACUUCCUGGCAGCUUGCAUCUUGAAUUUCCAUAGGGCACUGGCCUUGUUCGUCCUCACCUGUUUGGUGCUUUUAGUCCUGGUUCACCGCUUUCUGAAAAGGUUCUUUGGUGAAAAAUUAACGAGAUGUCUGAAGCCCCUUGAAAACUCCUGCCUGAAGCUUUGGAUGAAAUGUGUGUUCGUGGGAGUCUUCUUGGUUGGCCUUAUCCUGUGGCUGGUUCUAGACACAGCCCAAAGGCCAGAGCAGCUGAUCUCCUUCACAGGAAUCUGCAUGUUCACCCUCAUCCUCUUUGCCUGCUCCAAACACCACAGUGCAGUGUCCUGGAGGACAGUGCUUUGGGGCCUAGGUCUUCAGUUUGUCUUUGGGAUCUUGGUCAUCAGAACUGAUCCUGGAUUUAAUGCAUUUCAAUGGCUGGGAAACCAGAUUCAGAUUUUCCUCAACUAUACUGUGGCUGGCUCCAGUUUUGUUUUUGGGGAUAUGCUGGUCAAGGAUAUCUUCGCUUUUCAGGCCUUACCGAUCAUCCUUUUCUUUGGAUGUGUGAUGUCCAUUCUUUACUACCUGGGCUUUGUGCAGUGGGUAGUUCAGAAGAUUGCCUGGUUUUUGCAAAUCACCAUGGGCACCACUGCCACAGAGACCCUGGCUGUGGCAGGAAACAUCUUUGUGGGUAUGACAGAGGCACCUCUGCUCAUCCGUCCAUACCUUGCAGACAUGACGCUUUCAGAAGUCCAUGCAGUGAUGACUGGAGGGUUUGCCACCAUCUCAGGCACUGUCUUGGGAGCCUUCAUAUCCUUUGGGAUUGACGCGUCAUCCUUGAUUUCUGCCUCUGUGAUGGCUGCCCCUUCUGCUCUUGCUUUGUCAAAGCUGGUAUAUCCAGAAGUGGAGGAGUCCAAGUUCAAGAAUAAGGAGGGGGUAAAAUUGCCCUGUGGGAAGGAGAAGAGUGUUCUGGAAGCUGCCAGCAAUGGAGCCACAGAUGCCAUAGGCCUUGCUGCUAACAUAGCAGCCAACCUGAUUGCCUUUUUGGCCGUGUUGGCCUUCAUCAAUGCUGCCCUCUCCUGGCUAGGGGAACUGGUAGACAUACAGGGGCUCACUUUUCAGGUCAUCUGCUCCUAUAUCCUAAGGCCCGUGGUUUUCAUGAUGGGUGUCGAGUGGGCAGACUGUCCGAUGGUGGCUGAGAUGGUGGGGAUCAAGUUCUUCACGAAUGAGUUUGUGGCCUAUCAGCAACUGUCUCAGUACAAAAACAAACGUCUCUCUGGAGUGGAAGAGUGGAUUGGAGGCGAGAAACAGUGGAUUUCUGUGAGAGCUGAAAUCAUUACAACAUUUUCACUCUGUGGAUUUGCCAAUCUUAGUUCCAUAGGAAUCACACUGGGAGGCUUGACAUCAAUGGUACCCCACCGGAAGAGUGACUUGUCCAAGGUUGUGGUCAGUGCCCUCUUCACAGGGGCCUGUGUAUCCCUUAUCAGCGCCUGUGUGGCAGGAAUCCUCUAUGUCCCCAGGGGAGCUGAAACUGACUGUGUCUCCUUCCUAAACACAAGUUUCACCAAUUGAACCUAUGAGAUCUAUGUGUGCUGCAGAGAGCUCUUUCGGAGUACCUCUCUGAAUGGAACCAACCCUCCUUCUUUUCCUGGUCCCUGGGAAGAUAAAGAGUUCAGUGCCAUAGCCCUUGCUAAAUGCUGUGACCUCUACACCAAUGCUGUCUGUGCCUAAAGCUGGUCCAUUUCCGUAACAGUCCUGAUCUGGAUGGCUUUUUGAUGGCAAAGUUAUUUUCAUACUCAGAGUUCUCAUUCUACAGCUAACUCACCUUGAUCUUUAAUAGUAAAUGUAAAAUAUUCAUUUUGGUUCACUGUAUGUCAGUAAUGAAAAUUAGCCCUCAUUUUUCCAUUAUUUGGCUGAACCAAAUAAGAAAUUCCUUAUGGGCUCUGUCUGAGCUUAGAGUUGAAAUAAUAAAUAUUACCAUGUCAAAAAAUGUCUUGCAAACCUUGCUUCUAGUUGCCAUCUUAAAAAUUAUGUGAUGUGUGCCAGAACUCUUCUAUGUGUGUUCUGGUAAAACAAAUAUGGGAGGCAGGCACAGUCUGCCUUGGAGUUUGAUGAGUGUCAUUCCUCUCUGCCCCUUACUGAAAGAAGACGUAUGCAGGCAAGUUAUUCAAAAUCUUGUACCAGUUUUCUUAUUGUAAACUGGGAAGAAUGAUGUUUGCCCUGUUCACUUCAAGAUUAUAAUAAUCAAAGCAGUGUGUGGAAGUUCUUGGAAGAUGUAAAGUGUGUUUCAUGACUCUGUCCUAAAGAUGCUACCAGAAAACUACUAGAGCUAAUCAAUGAAUUUGGUAAAGUAGCAGGAUACAA